AUGGAAGAUGUGCGCGAUAAUGCCGAGCGUAGUCUGUUCCAGUUGCAAAACGAAAAAGCCAGCUUAUCGCAGCGCGUCACCGAACUGGAUGAGGGCCAACGUGUGGCGCUGACGAAAUGUAUUGAGCUGGAAGAGCAGAAGGACAAACUGCACAGCAGUAUUGGGGAUAUCCGACGGAAAUACGAGGAUGCCGUGGCAGCCAUGCAUGAGCUGGGCCGGGAGAAUCAAAGCCUGCAGGUGGAGUGCACGCGGCUCAAAGGCCGGAAGUGGGCGCAGGAUGAGGAGGUUAAUGAGUGUUCAGCCUGCGGGAAGCCGUUCGGGCUGACACAACGGAAACAUCAUUGCCGCAGUUGUGGGGAGAUUUUUUGUCAGGACUGCUCGGCGAAAAGCGCCAGCUUAGUGGGCGCCAAGAAGCCCGUCAGAGUGUGUGAUAGCUGUUUUGUGGAAAUUCAAGGACGAAUGUAGAGGAAACAGCAGGAUGGACAUUUUGACCGUGAUGCUCAACUCAGUGCCAGUUUACACAGUCCAGGUUAUCUACCGAUUUUUGGUUAUUUAUAAAUUAUCCUGAAUUAGUGAAUUCCCUGUUUUCUAGACGAUUGUUUAUAAUCCAAGUGGUUUUAAUUUAAUUAUUAUUAUGGUUGCCUGAUAAGUGCAGUUAGUUUAUAUGAAUUUUAAUAUCGAAGCACAUAGCAUUCUUGUUGUCUUUUGAAUUUUUUACACGUUAAUUUAUGACUAAAGUAGUUCUCGUAACCUUUGUUUUGCGGUGUGGUCCGCUUGUGCAUGGCCGGUUUUCGACUCUGUCUCCCAUGAUUAACCGGUAAACAACGAAGCGUUGUUACU